GGAGAACCCAGCGGAAGGGAGACAAUCAGGUCUGCGGGACCUACGCCUUCAGCCCCGCGUGCACCUACAUCCACCUGGAGAACUUCACGUUGGUCUCCAGCAGCAGGGGACAACCUUUCCUGGACGGGAAGGGCCAGUGCCCCUUUGACCCCCAGCACACCUACACAGCCCUGCUGGUGGACGGCGAGCUCUAUGCCGGCACCAUGAACAACUUCCAAGGCAAUGAACCCAUCAUCUCCCGCUCGCUGGGCAACCGGACCCUGCUCAAGACGGACGCCUUCCUCCGCUGGCUUUCGGCCGACGCCGCCUUCGUGGCCUCCUUCAGCAUCCCUGGAGACAGCAAGGUCUACUUCUUCUUCGAGGAGACGGCCGAUGAGUUUGAUUUCUUCGAGCGGCUCCUGGUGCCGCGGGUGGCCCGCGUCUGCAAGAGCGACGUCGGAGGGGACAAGGUGCUGCAGAAGAAGUGGACGACGUUCCUGAAGGCCCAGCUGGUGUGCUCGCAACCCGGGCGCUUCCCCUUCAACGUCAUCCAUCACGCCUUCGCCCUGCCCCGCCGCCACGGCGGUGCCGACUUCUACGCCGUCUUCACCUCGCAGUGGCAGGCGGGCAGAGCGGGCAGCGCAUUGGCCAACUGCAGCCUGCACCGGAGCUGCGCCGAGUGCGUGCUGGCGCGGGACCCGUACUGCGCCUGGCACAGCCUGGAGGGCUCCUGCCAGCCCACCCGUGCCACCACUGCCGAGGACAUGAGCGCGUGGCUGCAGGACAUCAAGUCGGGGAGCCCGGCCACCACGUGCCACCGCGGGAGGAGUAUGGCCAUGCCCCGAGCCCGGGGGGCGAAGGAGGAUCUCGCCGCAGAGAGUUGA